GUUGCCAUCAACAUCGCGCUUCGAAUCCCCGCGCGUAGCUCUGCUAAAGCACCUCUUUGCUGUCGACCUUACAAAAAAAGCCAUUCUACAAGCGAUUCUCUCGCAUAGACGCAAAGCCAUACGCACCAAACGGGCGACGCAAAGCUGGUGCUGACUGAGCCGCAAACAGACUGCAACACCACACCGCACCACACAAUGUCGCACGAUCUGCUCCACGAGGACGAAGAUGAGCACUACAACUCAGCUGAGGAUUCGGACUUUGCGCCGGAGGAUGCUGCCGAUGUAGGCUCCGAGGGCUCAGACUCUGACAGAGAAAAUAGCGGUCCGGCAAAACAAAAGAGCGCCGUCGCAACAACAGAGGAAACAGACGCCGACUACAACAAUUCUGGAGACGAGGCCAUCAUCACAAAGGGUAGAAAGAAGCUUAAAAAAACCAAAAACAACCACGAUGACGAUGACGAAGAAGGUGGUGAGGGUGGUUUAAUCAAGACCCGAAGACAACGGGCAGCUGAAAAGGAAGAAGAGAGUGUGCUGGCCAAUCUAGGCCCAGUGACAAUCGAUGUCGAUGCCGUCUGGGCGCAAAUGAUUUCCGGUCAACCGAUUAUCCCUGAACGUCCGAAAACGCCAGAUUCCACCGCCGCUGACGCGGAUACAAAGUCCCCUCUCGCCACAAAGUCGCCAGCGAAUGGCUCACCGGCCAUGAUCCGCAUCAAACGAAAAUACAACUUUGCCGGCCGAGUUCACACAGAAGAAAAGCUAGUUGCACGCGACUCCGCCGAAGCAAAGCUCUACCUUGCGUCCCAAGAGGGCCAAGAAGAAGGCGAUGCGUCCCCGCCGAAGCGCGUAACCAAGAAGGCGUUCCGAUCCAUGUUUGAGCCGCUGGGUGAUAUUUCGUCGAAGCGAUCCGACCUCAAUCUCAGCAUGGCCGCGCGCAUGCAGGCUGCAAAGGAUGCGCAGGCGAAGAAACUGACGACGGUCGAGAAGAGUAGAAUGGACUGGGCGGGCUUCGUCGACAAAGAGGGCAUCAAGGACGAGCUGGAGCUUGCUGGCAAAUCCAAGACUUCGUAUGCCGCGCGCCAGGAUUUCCUUGCCCGAAGUGAAGCCAUUCGCGAAGAGGAUGCAAGAAAAGCCCGAUUCGCCAGUCGAACACAAGCAUGAUUGGUGCUGGUCUCUUUUUCUUUCUGUACUGUAAUGUAUGCAUAUGGCUUCUACUGGAAGUCGGGGUCCACGGCGUUAAUCAUCUACGGAACUUACUGGCGUCUAAUACCGCAGUUUGCGUGUUGGGCGAGAUAUGAAUUCAUGAAUAACAUAAACAAAUUUACGCAGUUGUGAACAACCACGUGCUUGUCAUCUUCCACCAACUAUUUGUAAAAGAAUCAGGACAGGGAGUAUGGUGCAUCAUAAAGUCAUCGUUUUAUUUUUCUAAUUUUAGUCCUGUUUUCUAUUCCAUUCUACACAAUCGGCAAAUUUUACUCCAGUACCGCCGAAACAGUCCAAAGCGCUUCCUAUUGUGAGAUCGACCUUGCCGCCACUCAGUUGUUUGACAAGCUCCAAGUCGUCAAUCGUCUUGCCACCUCCAGCAUACGUUACUGGAAUCGAGCACCAAGAGGCAAGUCGUUUCACAAGUUCUUCAUCAAUACCCUGUUGUAAACCUUCAUUGUCGGCUGCAUGUAUGAGGAACUCGGAGCAGAACGGUUCGAGGGACUUGAUAGACUCUGCCAAUUAGUUAGUAAGGGUAUAACUCGUCGUAAUGCAGAUACAAUAUCGCAAUUGGAAUGGCUUACCUUCAUUUACUUCCAUAUCAGUGAUGGUUUGCCACUUGUUCAUAGCAACGAACCAACAAUCUUGUCCGCGCCUUCUGCAACUAAGAUCAAUCACCAGCUUGUUCUUGUCA